GAAACCAUUAGAUUUUAGUGCCUGCUACCACUACCUUGUUAUUUUAGAAAGACAGAGUAACUUGAAAGUUUGUUCAAGUGGUUUAGUAGAUAUGACUAAGUUAUAUCCCAACUUUGAAAAUAAAUAAAAAAAAACCAAUCAGUGAAAAAAUUGGAAUAUGAUCCCAGAAGUGUAUUUGCCAAUAUUAUUAGCAUUAGGAAUUUCUCAUCAAGUUGAAGAAAUUUACAAUGAUCGUAUAGAAGUAAUGGAUUUGAUUGAUAACAGUAACAGCUUGAGGGUAGAAUACAUUCAUCCGACAACUUUCAGACCAAUUGACAUCAUACACAGAAGAAAAUAUAGCAAAAUAUCAACUGGAUAUAUAAAUCAUCAUUUUAAAAAAAAUCGUUACGGUCAACAGUCAAGAAAUAUGAAACACAACUCCUUAAAAAGUCCUUCUCUCCGUAAUCGUAUGUCUUCAAAUGGACUUAUGAGACAUAUUUUUCCUUUCAAUGUUUAUGUCCCUCAACUAAAGUUACCAAUGAUCAUUCGUCGACCAAAUAAACCACUUCUAACACCUAUUAAAAUUCACUCAUUCACAACAAAACAUAUUUUAAGUAAAUUACCUUCUAUUCCACCUAAAAUUAUUGUGGCUGCAAAUCAGGGUAAACCUUACAGUUUAUCAUACAGUGAUGGAAGAGGAACUAACGUGAAUGUUCAUGUUAACCGUCGAAAUAAAAAUUUUAUCGACGAUAGUAAUAGUGAUGAUUAUUCUGAGGAACAGAAAAGUGAUGAUAAUGGAAAUUUAAGUGACGAUAAAACUGGAAAAACUUACAAUAAAAAUCAAGAAGACGAGACCUGAAUGUAGUUAAGAGAUCAUGUUUAUCCUGCAAUGAUCAAAACAAGUAGAAUAAGCUUUUAAAUAAAUGUAAGAUGGUAGAAAUUGGGUCUAAGUGAAAGUGACAAAUUGUUCAA